AUGACUCCGUAUGCCCAAGAUAGAGACAAAAAACCAAACCUCUCCAGAAAAAGCCAAAAAAAUGGAGUCUGGUGGCUCUUUGGUGGUGCGGUGGCCAGUGGGUGGCGCAUCGGUGGCGGCCAGGCGGAGCUCUGGUGGCUGGGCAGCAGCCGGGUGGCGGCUCGAUGGCGGAGCAAUGGCUGGCCAGAAAAAAGGGUCGGGAGGGCCACUGGGGCGGUGGGCUGCAGGGGGCAACCGGGGAGCAGAGCGGAGGGUGGCCGGAAGCGGCAGCGGGGGCCAGGAAGGAGGCUGGGGGCUGCAGGCGGCGGCGGGCCAGGCAGCCGGCAGUGUAGGGAGGCGGCGGCCAGUAGGGAAGCAGCAGCCGGGCGGCGGGAAGGCCAGGAGCUGGGCGCUUGGCGAUGCAGCGGGGCCAGGCUAGGCGGCGGCAACGGAGCCAAGCGGAGCGGCGGGGCCAAGAUGGGCGGCGCGCGGGGGACCGGGAUCUGCAUGGCCGACGGGGGCCAGAGACUAGGAGUUGCAUGGCCGGCGGGGGCCGGAGAAACAGCGGCGAGGGCCGGAGAAGGACGAAGGGACUGCCGGCAGGGACUGUAG